UAAAACGAAGGAAGAAACUUGAAACGGUUACAAGAAGAAAAAGAAAAAAAGCGAAAAAACGGAGAUGGAAAGACGAAGCAUGAAGCACAAACUGGUCACCUGACUUUGAAACCUUUCUUUCAUUACUGUAGAAGAAAUAAGCCACUUACUAAAAAGGAAUAACUACGUCAGUUCUCAUAUUUUGCGUUAGUUGGUUGGUUGAAGGGGGGUGGUUUGUGGAAGUGAAUUUUUUUUUUAUAUCGCGCCCUGCUCUUUUGUUUUGGUCCUUAGUUUUUUUUUUAUCUGACUCUUCUUUACAUUCCCCCCUCUCUCUUUUUAUAGUCUUUGUAAUCAUGUUCCGCGUUGCCCUUCGUACUCAACAACAAGCUACUCGUGCUGUCGGUCGUCGUAAUGCUUCUACUGUUGCCGUCCAAAACUUGGAAGGUCGCUGGAAGACUUUGUCUACUGCCGAACAAAACACCAUCGCCAAGCAACUCGAAGAAGCUCAAAAAGGUGACUGGAAGGCUCUUACUGCUGAUGAAAAGAAGGCUUCUUAUUACAUUGCCUUUGGUCCUCAUGGUCCUCGUGAACCUUUGACUGGUCCCGGUCACACUCAAAAGGUUAUCGCUGGUACUCUUGCUGUUCUUGCUGUUUCUGGUGGUCUCUUUGCUCUUAUCCGUACUGGUGGCAAGGAAACCCCUAUCACUGUCAAUAAGGAAUGGGAAGCCGCUACCAACGAAUACCUCAAGAGUCAAAACUCCAAUCCUAUCUCUGGUAUCUCUUCCGAAGGUUACAAGGGCACUGGUUAUAUUGUCUCCAAAUAAAUUAGAUAAUGUUUUUUUUGAUCAUUUUAUUUUUACUUUUUACACUACUUUCCCCUAGUUUAUUUGCGAUCUUUAUAGAAAAAUAUACUCUUCUUUUUCAAUUUUUGAUGUUGUACACAUACAUACGCUCUACUUAGUUGGUGCAUUUUCUUUUUUCUUUUUUUGUCACACUCUUCCAUCACCACAAUAAAAACAUUGUUUGUCUCAA